AUGAGCUCUGAAAUGCCUUCAUUCUCGUAUGCGCAAGCUGCGAAGGGUGUUUCUGGAUCCCACACCACCAUCCAGACAGCACCCAUAGAGCCUGAGAAGACCGAUUCCAAGUCGGAAGAGUUGCCCAAGCAGGCCACCGAGAAGGCACAUGCUGCCCCCGAAGCCGAAACACAACAGACCAAUAAGGAUGUAUCAAAUGUGAAGGAAGCUGGAUUUACAACUGUUACUAGCAAGCACGUUCGAUCAAAAGUUGUUCACCCCCGCGCUUCAUCUUCAAGUGUUCGAUCGUCUGCGACUCAAUCUAAGGAGGGUGAUUCCUCCAAUGCGCCCAAUGGCAAGGAAGACUCUUCGACAGAUAAGUCUCAGUCUGAUGCCAAGACCAAGUCAGAGAAUGGCUCUGUGAGCUCAAAGGGAAAAUCGGAGAAAGAAAAGACUGCCCCACCAAAGGAGCUGAAGGCUGCACCUCUCCCAUCAGUGAACAUCUGGCAGCAGCGCCAACAGGCCCAGGACGCCAAGUCCAAGACUGUCCCAGUCACCGCCAAGAGCGUGUCUGGAAAGAACACAGAGGAGGUCCAGCAGGAUCUUCACAAGGGCGGAAAGAAAAAGAGCGCCACCGAUGGUGCUUCCGAGAACCCCAAGGAUCGCAAGAAGUCUGAGCCUGCUAAGGCACGGGACGAGUCCCUCCCCCUUGUCGAAGAUGCUUCAUUGUGGCCUACUCCAGAGGUGGCCACUGGCGAAGAAAAGAAAAAGGCGCAGGAGAAGCCUCUCAAGACUGAGACAACCGAUAAGAGCCCCAGCAGAUCGCACGGCAAAGAAAAGUGGAUGCCGGUCAACUACGUGCCCAACGCUGUUUUUAGCACCCCCCUUCCUACUUCUGGAGGUCGUGGUGCUCGCCGGGGUGGACGUGGUGGACGGGAUGGUGGACGUGGAGGAUCCCACGCCGCCACCGCCGAGAAAAAUGCUUCUGCCCAAGCUUCUCACGCCGCUGGAGCUAAGCACGUUUCUGGAGAUCGAGGCCCUACCGAGUCCGGUAACAACCGUGCCGCCUCAAUCCCUGCCCAGUCUGGACGCUCCGCCAGCGCCGACAUAAACGCCUCAGAGGGACGCAAGGCUGGUCGUGGACCUCGUGGCACUGAUGAGACCACCACCAACGGAAAGCAAGCCAAUGGUGGAGAGAAUGUUGCUCAUUCCCAGCGCGAUGGCAAGCAAUAUUCCAAGAACGAGUCGCGCAACCAGAAGCCCAACGUUGCUGUUGACCCAGCCCGCGCUAAUAACUACGCUCGCACUCAGUCCAACUCAAAGUCUGCCGACCCGACCCGCGAAUCGGCUGGCUUCCAGGACUUCGGCCGUGAGCGCGGUGACGUCCGUGCUGAACGUGGAGGCCGCGGCGGAAACCGUGGCCGUGGAGGCUCUUACAACUUCCACCAGAAUGGGCAGCAAAUUUCCAAUGGCUAUGUUCCCAAGUCGUUCAACUAUAGCGAGCGUCAGCGGUCGCAUGGAAGUAUCCCUAACGGAUCGCAUCAAGGCAACCGCAUGUCCAUUAGAUCCCCCUCAUUGCCUGCUUCCGGAAACAUUUACCAAAACAAUUAUGGUUACAACAAUGAUCUGAUGUACGGUGUUUCGCCCGUGACCCCCGGCCCAGUCACCUACCCCCAGCAAUACGUUGAGCCCUACUCGCUCAUGAAUAUGCUAUCCAUGCAACUGGACUACUACUUCUCUGUUGACAACUUGUGCAAGGACAUGUUCCUUCGCAAGCAUAUGGAUUCCCAGGGCUUUGUUCCAUUGGUUGUUAUCGCAAACUUCAAACGAGUCAAGUCACUGACUGAAGACAUUGAACUCAUUCGUCACGUCACCCGUCAUCUCCGUAACGCGGAGUACCAAACCGGUGAAGAUGGUAUUGAGCGGUUGCGCCCUCGAGAGAAGUGGGAGACAUGGGUUCUCGCUUUGGAACUCCGUGAUGAUGCUGCCAAACAUGGCGGCGUGGCUCCUGCCCAAUCUCACGACGAGAAUGCCAUUCCCAAUGGCAGCUCUCUUCACCCCGGAUCGCAACAGUUUAUUCCCAAUGGAAUUUCGCACAACCCAAGAGCCCACCUUUCAACGGCCGCUCCCGAGUUCUUGCCUUCAUACGCACAGAACGAAAUUGUCGAUGUACGGAAACACUCCUUCGAUCCUUGGGAAUCUUCUGAUUCUCGCGGAUCACUCCCCAUCUCCCGUCAUGAAUUAUCUACAAAGAACAGUUCAAAGUCUAACAGAAAUCCAGCGCGUGGAUUAAAUUCCCAAAACCCUCAAGCCUUCGCCGCCCGGACCACCUCGACUGACUCAGCCAAGCAUCAAUUUAACCGUAAAAUCAACGUGCAAAAGGUCCAUGAGCAUAGCACUACGUCAUCUUCACGCCGAAAUGAGGAUCGUAACCGGAAGUCUACUGGAGAAAAAUAUUUUUACAAUCAACGCAAACGAACCAACAAAAAAAUAGCGGAAGACUUUGCAUCUGAGACACAUUGGAACAAUAUUGGUGGUUCCACUCAUCGUUAUGUUCUUUUGGCAAAGGAUCUAGCCUUUCAAUUUGAUAUGCACCUUUACAAUGAUCUUCGCCGUUCAGCCCUUGACGAACUCUUGACCCGACAUGUUCCUGAUGCUUUCGAAAUCCUUAUGUCCUUUUAUGCAGGUGUUUUUGAAACCGAUCAGGAUAUCCCUAUCCAAGUAUUUAGCGAUCUGGCCCACUUGGCCUAUUCCGACCUCAACAUUGAAUACUGUUCUGCUGCUCGUGCAGUCAUGCAGAAUGUUGUUGCUCAUGGACGGAUUUUUGACAAGAACAAGCUUAAAGCCGAGCUUUAUUUUGGUUUUGAAUAUUCCAUGCAGAUUGUUCAGGCCCGGGAUGAGCGUACCGAUCAGAAUUUGUUUUGA